UUCUCUGUCCUCAUCUCUGGAGUUACUCAAUGCCGAAGCUUCACACAAAAAAAAAGAGAGAGAGAAAAGAAGAAGAAGGAGGGGAAAAAAAAAUCUCACCAAAGACAAGGACUCCAGGAGGGGCUUUCAAAUGAAUUCCUCCCCCCCCUCCCUCCUUUCCUUGUGUUUUACAACACUGUGUCUUCCCUGCUCAGGAGAUCACACCAGAAAGCCACACACAGGAGAAGGGGAAGCGAAUUUUCUCUGUGUCUAGAUGUAUUUUUCUCCCAGGCUGCAGAUGGCAUUAGGAUCUUGAAGGAAAAAAAAACAACACACAAAACAACCAACUUUCCAGCCCUGGCAUGAAAAAUCCAGGCAGGGAGGGGGAAAAAAUCCAUACAACUUUUUCUAGCCUAGGGGGGCAAAGGCUCUGGGCGCCUCUUGAUUUGUGUGUGUGAAUCUCCAGGAGGAAAACACAGAGAAGGGGUGGAAAAAAAAAAUCCCUUUUCCUUUGCAAUCAUGGCAUUGAGGACUUCAUUGCUUGCACUCUGUAUGGGGUUACUGGUUUCCUGGCUGGAACUGUGGAUUAUAUCAGCUGUUAGCCUGGAGCCAAUAUACUGGAACACAGCAAAUAAAAAGUUCCAGGCGGCGGGCGGCUACGUCCUGUACCCGCAGAUCGGCGACCGGCUGGACCUGAUCUGCCCGCGGUCCCGGCCCCCGGGCCCCUUCUCGGCGGAGGAGUACGAGUAUUACAAGCUGUACCUGGUGCCGGGCGAUCAGGCCCGGGCGUGCGAGAUCCUGCAGGCCCCCAACCUGCUGCUGACGUGCGACCGGCCCGAGCACGACGUGCGAUUCACCAUCAAGUUCCAGGAGUUCAGCCCCAACCUGUGGGGGAGACCCAAAGCAAACAACCAGGACUACUACAUCAUCACCACGUCGGACGGCACCAAGGAGGGGCUGGAGAACCUGAGGGGCGGCGCCUGCCUCUCGAAGGGGAUGAAAGUCGUCUUGAAAGUGGGGCAGCAUCCCAGCACGGGCUCCAAGUCCCAGAAAUCGAGGCCGGAGACGCCGCCCGAGAAGGAGCGCGGGACGCCGGGCGGGGCGGACGCUGGCCAGGAAAGCGCCGCAGGCACUGGGAACGCCACUGGCCCGGCCGGGGGCGCGAACGGGCCCCUGCCCCAGCCCAACGUGCCCGCGGUGGCCGGGGCGGCCGGGGGCGCCGCCUUCGUGGCUUUGGUGGCGGCGGGCGUGACGGGGGCCGUGUGCUGGCGCCGGCGCCGGGCCAAGCAGAGCGACACCCACCUGCCGCCCCUCUCGCUCGGCGGCCUGGCGAGCCCCAAGCGGGGCGGGGCCGGCGGGGGGGGGAACAACAACGGGUCGGAGCCCAGCGACAUCAUCGUCCCGCUCCGGACGUCGGACGGGCCCUUCUGCCCCCACUACGAGAAAGUGAGCGGGGACUACGGGCACCCCGUCUACAUCGUCCAGGAGAUGCCCCCCCAGAGCCCCGCCAACAUCUACUCCCCCGGGUGAGGGGCGGGAAGGGGGGCCCGGGCCCACCCCGGCACCGGCUACGGACUCGUGCCUCUCCCCCCCCCGAGACGGACGCCCCCUCCCGGCGCCGACGGGGUUCACGCGGAGCCAGGAUGGAGACCCCCCAAAUACAGACGCCCCCCCCGGUGCUGACGGGGUUCACGCGGAGCCAGGACGGUGACCCCCCCUGAGACGGACGCCCCCUCCCGGCGCUGAAGGGGUUCACGUGGAGCCAGGACGGCGACCCCCCCUAAUACGGACGCCCCCCCCGGUGCUGACGGGGUUGACGCGGAGCCAGGACGGCGACCCCCCCUAAUAUGGACAGCGCCCCCCCAGCGCUGACGGAGACGGACGCCCCCCGCUCCUGAUUCUUCCUCAUGUGAACGGCCCCCGGCACGGACAGGAUUAAAGCAGAGAUGGGGGGGCCUUGUACUCUGGCACUGAUGUGGGGGAGGGCUCAGAGCGGGUCCCUUCCCCAGACCCCCCCCCUCCAGCUCCGCUCCUCCCAGGCCAGAUCCUCCCGCCCCCCCAGCUCCACCAGGGAUGGGGGUCUUUGGGGCCGGGGGGAGGCCAGGAGCAGCUGUGUUAUGUCUCGGGGUGGGGUGAGGGGAGAUCAGCCCUGUUCAGGAGAUUUUCCCCCCUGUCCUAAGCACUGGUGGGGGCAGUUUUAAACGCCCCCCCCAGUCCCCGUUCACGUGGAGUGGGGGUGGGAUUCGAGGGGGAGGCGAAAGGUUUGGUCAUUUCAACCAUUGGGACCUUUUCCGUGUCUCCGUUUUGAAAAUGUGACAACAAAAAUGGCCGCCAGCCGCACGCGCCCCCCCCUUUAUCAGAGAGACGUUUUCACCGGGGGGGGGGGGGCCAGGCAUGGAGGUAUGGGAGUGGGCUUGUCGUUUUUCACACACACCCGCCCCCCCCAUCGCCAUUCAGCAAGACGCGAACUUUAAGCCACAGGAAGUGACAUUUCGCCCGCCGGGAAAUGCGGCGGAGGAAGAGACUCGGGCGAGGGCGGGACUUCCUCUUUUGGGACGGGGCCUUCCUGUUUUGGGCGGGACUUCCUGUUUCGGGCGGGACUUCCUGCUUCGGGCCCGGAAAUGACUUCAAGGGGGCGGGGUGGUGGGGCGGAUCUUUGCAGGCUUCAACGACGUUUUUUGACCUGGGAAUUUCUUAGCGUUUGUUGGUGGAAUUUACUGUCCGAUCACGUGCAUUAUAGACGUUCUUGUGCAGCCGUCUGGACGCCGUUGGUUAUUUCCUACCCGUCUCUCCCCCGCCUCCUUUUCCCUCGUGAGUUCACGAGGGAGCCCCGGGGUGUGGGUGUUACACUUGUGAUCCUGCU